AUGAACUCGGGUCAAAGAACUGCCGGGCGGCUGGUCGCAUCAUCGACAUCUACUGCUGCCGCUGUUGCCCCUGAGGCACCGACCCCGUCCCAAACCACACAGGAUGCAUCUGCCUUGCCAGCUACCCGAUCAGCAUACCAGCUACGCACUGGCGUAGUACUAUCACGACCUCCCAUUCUGACACGCGCGCUCCACCCUUUCGAAAAAGCCUUCUUCCUCUACCAAAAACGAUUGAACGAACGUCUGGCACUGCCCUUCACACGCUACUUUUACUACAAGAAAGGAACUCCCGGAGAUCGCGAAUGGAAGCGCAAGAUGCUGCUGAGAAAGACCCCUGCCCGUGACGUUGGUGUCUACAAUGCAUACAGCGAGUCGGGUUGGAACGACGAAGUUCUGGUCAACGACAAGACGAGCGAGCCCGAGUCGCAAGUCGAGGCUUUGAUCAGAGACGCUGAGGGAACCGAUGGCGAAGCAGGAGCCAAGAGAGAGACUAGCCAGGACAUUGUCGUGCAACGGCCAUUGCCCAGAGUCACAGAACAAGAUCAGAAGGGCGACCACACCAGCUUGAACAGACUGCUUGACAGAACCUUGUACUUGCUGGUCAAGAACAAGAACGGCGUCUGGAGAUUCCCUGAAGACGAGAUUAAGGGCCCUGAGGGUCUGGACCAGGUUAGUCGGACAUUUUACACAUUCAGCCUCCCAAGUCGGCAAGGCGCGAGAUUCCCCAAAACCAUAUCACUGACAGUUCUAGNNGCUGCCGAGCGUAUCAUCGUACAAGCGGGAGGUAUCAACAUGAACACAUGGGUUGUUGGAAACGCACCCAUUGGCCACUACUCAGGCAACUUCAAGAAGACUAUCACCAACACGGAAAAGAAGGUCGAGGAGGUCGGCGAGCGUACCUUCUUCAUGAAGGCUCGCAUCAUGGCUGGUCAGGCCAACCUCAAGGCCAACACAUAUGGCGACAAGGAGUUCAAGUGGCUUUCGAGCGAAGAGAUUCAGCAGACCGUCACUCCCAAGUACUGGAGCUCUAUCGCCAAUAUGCUCACAGGCAGAUAA